CAGUGAGGGAGAGGAAAGAAGAGGGGCCGGAGGACUGGGGAGUAAAAGUGAAAAGGAGGUGCUGAAAGGAGCGGGGUUCUAGUUUGGGAAGGAGUGUGUGAAGAUGGAGGGUCGCCUGGAGACGCUCUCCCCGGGAUGGGAGACGGGAUUACUCUGUGUGGAUGUCUGAGGAAAGCAGAGGAGCUGCGCUACAAGACGGGAUUCUUAAACCUUUUUCUCGAAAUGGGAACUAAGUCUGACCAGUUUCUCUGCAGCGCAAAGAUCUCUGCUGGUGUGUGUGGGAUGUUGUCUCGGGGCUAAAGCCCGUCACUCUCCCAUGAGCCUGUGUGCCCACGCACACACACCCGGCGCCUCGACGCACACACACGGUGCCCACGCGCCUGCAGCCUGCAAAGACGAAGCGAACUGGCCUCUUGGAAGCCCGGCAGAUCCCAGCCGAGCCAAGCGGAGCGGAGUCUAGCCCACUUGGAGUCUGAGGAUGUCAACAGAGACAGAGCUACAGCCAGCGGUCAGGCCCAGCAGCAUCCGACGGGACUCCAAGAGGAAAGGGCAAGAUCGCAGUGAGGCAGCUCUCAUCAGGAGGUUUAAGGGUGAUGGAGUCCGCUACAAGGCCAAACUUAUCGGCCUGGACGAGGUCACUGCCGCCCGUGGAGACAAGCUCUGCCAGGACUCCAUGAUGAAGCUCAAGGGAGUAGCUGCUGCUGCCCGCUCCAAAGGAGAACACAAGCAGAAGGUGUUUUUGACCGUUUCCUUUGGAGGGAUCAAGAUCUUUGAUGAGAAGACAGGAGUUCUCCAACACCACCAUGCAGUCCAUGAGAUCUCCUACAUCGCCAAGGACAUUACAGACCACAGAGCCUUUGGCUACAUCUGCGGGAAAGAGGGAAAUCACCGCUUUGUGGCCAUCAAAACCGCACAGUCGGCGGAGCCUGUGAUUCUGGACCUGCGGGACUUAUUUCAGCUCAUCUAUGACAUAAAGCAGAGGGAGGAGAUGGAGAAGAAGGCUCAGAAAGAUAAGCAGUGUGAGCAGGCGGUCUACCAGACAAUCCUGGAGGAGGAUCUGGAGGACCCUGUCUACCAGUACAUUGUGUUUGAGGCGGGACACGAGCCCAUCCAUGACCAAUCAGAGGAAAGCAUAUAUCAGGUUCCCACCAGUCAGCAGAAGGAAGGGGUCUAUGACGUCCCAAAGCGACACCCAAAUGGACACAAGAAACCCUCACAUCAUCUCCAUCAUCACCGUCAGCAUCAUUAUCAUGACAAAAGCUUCCAACCAGAGCAGAGUCAGACUCAGCAGAGGCAGGAAGCAGUUGCAGAACUGAUAGACUUAGACCUGGAUUUAGUGACUCAGAACAUCAGCCAGUUAGAAAUCUUUGGAGACAUGUCAACGCCGCCCGACAUCACCUCUCCAUCAAGCCCCGCCUCCCCCGCCAAUACUCUCGACCCCUCACAAGGCCUCCAGGCUCCCGCGGAGCUGUUUGCUCCUUUCAACCCGGCGUCUGUGCCCUCAGGUUAUGUGACCAUGGGGACAGUACCUUCGGGCCAUUGGACCCAGCAGGCGUUUGCCGCCCAGACGCCGCUGGCUUUUGGUGUCCAGUCUCCACUCGGCCCCGUAGCCCAAGUGCUGCCGGGGGGUCAGCCACUUAUCUGGGGACAGGCUAACCUCUUCCCUGCCACCCAGCAGCAAUGGGCAGCCAUGACAGCCGGGGCUUUCCCCCCUACAGCCUACCUCCCUGCCCAGCCAGUUGGCACCUUGCCUGCUGCUAUGUUCCAGACCUUGACGUCCAUCGCGACACUCCCUCAUGCUGGCGAAAGCCAUUCCAGUGCUGGAGCCAGCACCUCCAUUCCCUCUGCCUCAUCCAGCCCACAGCAUGGGGUCAGAACAAAGAAGAUGGGCAAGGAGAUGUUCAAGGACUUCCAGCUGGCGAAGCCUCCGCCGAUGCCGUCCAAGAAGGCCGAGCAGCCGAGCUUAGCCGGGACCUCAGAUGCUUUCACCUCCUACUUCAGCCGCGUGGGCACCGCCCAAGACACGGACGACUGUGACGACUUUGACAUUUCCCAGAUGAAUCUUACGCCAGUCACUUCUACCACACCAUCCACCAACUCCCCACCGACGCCAGCUCCUCGGCAGAGCUCUCCAUCCAAGUCCUCGGCCUCCCACAUCAGUGACCCCCCCACUGACGCUACAGACCCACCGACAGACGACUCGUUCGGGGAAGCGGAGGGCAGUCCGAGUCGGAGCGGGGAGGAAGAUGCUGCAUGUGGCUCUGGGUCCCCCUGCCCCUGCGAGACAGCAGAGCCCAGCCAAGAACAGGCCGGUCCAGAGCCUGGAAGCUAGAUAGCAGCAGGGCAGGAUGGGGAAGGACCCUCUCUAUGCCCGCAUCAACAAAGGGAGGAAAUGACAAGAUCGUUGGGAAGACAGACCUGACCAGCAUUGAGAGAGCAAGACGACCCUUUACCUCUGAGUGUGUGUGUGUGUGUGUGUGCGUGUCUGGCUCAUCCUGGACAAGCCCUUCUUCUCCUGCUAACAACCUCCCAAGAGGAGCCUCAACACUCCCACAGUCCUCCUCUGUGCAGAAUUUCCUCCUCAAAUGAGGAGGAGGGGGGGCUCUCUCGGUCAUUGGCUCCGGGCAGGAGGGACAUCAGUCACUGUGACCGGUCCUGCUCUCCCUCCACCGCUCCGUCUCCUCUCACGCCGGCCUUACAGACACAGCCUGGCCCCCUCCCUCCUUCCCGGUGCGUCCUCCGCUCUCUUCCUGUCUUUCCUGCCCGUCUGGUCAGAGACUUUGCUGCAGAUGGGGGGGGGGGGGGGGGGGGGGGGGUCGAGCAGUGCCUCCACGUCUGCCACACAGAAGCCUGCUUUUCAUUCUGACAGAGACAAUCUGCAUCUGUUGUGAGCCGUUCUUCCCGGGCUCGUGGCUGGGAUUGCUUGUGAGACAGACUCCCCAGGAGCCACUCACCCUCUGACAACACGCAUCAGCACAUGUGCAGACACGCACGCUGCCGUGCCCCGCCCAUGGAUCACGCACACUCUCAGUGAUUUGCCAAAUGUCUCACUGCGUAUGCAGACUGGAGGACAGCCGUGACUCUGAGACGACAGACAAGCGACAGAUUCUGUGAUCCAACCGCUCAUUGUCUAUAACUUUUGUACAAUAAUUAAAAAAAUGAUCAAACUGAAGAACUGACUUUUUAUUUUCUAACUCAAUCAAGCGGCUGGGGUCAGCUCUAUAGGAAUUUUAGAGUGAACAUGGCUUUAAGGCAUCUGAUAGUUGGUUUGUCUAACUCAUUUUGUAAAUAUUGAUAACUGCAAGCAUUUUGUCCUCUGGACGUCUGUGCCAUAAAAUGGGAAGGCUUCAGUUAUGCAAAUUCUUGAUGUUAACUUAAGCAAUACCAACAUGUUUAUGCCUCUUUUUGUUGUUUUUUUUCUUUUGUAUGGACACACUAACCACUCAUAGUACCCCUUUAAUGUAUCUGAGCUGCUUUGCCUCAAACGACUUUCUCGUCCAAAACUAAAUCAGCUUCUUCCUACACAUAAUGUGCCGCAGCUUUUGUAUCGCCAAACCAUUGUUAAGUUGCGGGCAGCAAACAAAGCACUAUUUUAGCUGCCCUCCUCCUACAGGGACGCUCUGCCUGUCGGUCAGUCGGUUGUGCCAAACGCUAGUUUUCCCUGCUACAGCCUCAUCAACUGUGAUGCCAGUGACUCCCUGUUUUAUGGCCAGAGUCCUCUGUGUCACUCAGACCCGCCCUUCUGGGCUCUGAUGCUGAUUGACAUCCAAACUUUGACAUCUAGAGAAAAAGAGCAAAGAUUGAAAAGGGAAUGGCUGCUGUGUGAGGACGUAACAUUUCUAGACCUGUUUUAACUUUACCUCAGCUAACAGUUUCUUAAUGGACACAUUCUUUUUUAUCUCUAUGAAGAAGACAUUCUGCAGUGGGUUUUUAGAUGAUUUGGGUUUUUUUUUGUUCUUUUUUGAUUCAAUCUUGAUUUAGGUUCUUUACCAUGUAUAACCUGUUGCAAAUAAACACAUCCCAAGAGACUAAUAAA